UGCCCCGCGCGCUCAUUCUCUUCCUCCCUCCAAGAUGCCGAAGGGAAAGAAGGCCAAGGGCAAGAAGGUGGCACCGGCCCCUGCUGUAGUCAAGAAGCAGGAGGCCAAGAAGGUUGUCAACCCGCUCUUUGAGAAGAGGCCCAAGAACUUUGGUAUUGGACAGGAUAUCCAGCCAAAACGUGACCUUACACGUUUCGUGAAAUGGCCCCGCUACAUCAGACUGCAGCGGCAGAGAUCUAUUCUGUACAAGCGGCUGAAGGUGCCUCCUGCAAUUAACCAGUUCACUCAGGCUUUGGAUCGCCAGACAGCGACGCAGCUUCUGAAGCUGGCACACAAGUACAGGCCUGAAACUAAGCAAGAGAAGAAGCAAAGGCUGCUGGCUCGUGCAGAGCAGAAAGCUGCAGGAAAGGGAGAUGCUCCAACAAAGAGGCCACCAGUUCUCCGAGCAGGUGUUAACACUGUUACCACUCUGGUAGAGAACAAGAAAGCUCAACUUGUCGUAAUUGCCCAUGAUGUAGACCCCAUUGAGCUGGUGGUUUUCUUGCCGGCGCUGUGCCGCAAAAUGGGAGUGCCGUACUGCAUCAUCAAGGGCAAAGCCAGGCUGGGACGCCUGGUCCACCGCAAAACCUGCACCUGUGUGGCCUUCACCCAGGUCAACCCGGAGGAUAAGGGUGCCCUUGCAAAGCUGGUGGAGGCUGUCAAGACCAACUACAAUGACAGAUACGAUGAGAUCCGUCGUCACUGGGGUGGUAACGUCCUGGGUCCAAAAUCAGUGGCUCGCAUUGCCAAGCUUGAGAAGGCAAAGGCUAAGGAGCUGGCAACUAAGCUGGGUUGAAGAUCUACCCAACUGCUGCCGUGUUUCUGUACAUAAAAUAAACCCCAAAUUAGGUUUCAGCUGUCUCUGUUAAUGGGAGGGCCUUGGACUCUUGGGUAGCUUUGCCAUAUUGCCAUUUAAUUUUCCUCUUUAUGCCUUCAACCAAACCCUGCACAAACAGCUGUGUGGAACCGGUUAUUUGGUAUGAGGACAAGUGCCUGGAGUGUGCUCCAGUGCUUUUUAAGUAGCCUACCACUUAGCACCUCUUAUUAGGAGGUCUGUGAUGCCUCUGCUGUUGCAGUAAGUGCAGGAAGAAUCAA